CACGCUUCUCCUCUCUCCUCUCGAAUGCAUAGCGUAAUGCCACAGAGGUGGAGGGUGUGAAGAGGAAAUGGACGGAAAAGGCAACAGAGCGGAGGCACAGCGAUGUCUAGGAAUUGCAGAGAAGCUGCUAACGGCGCGGGAUCUUAUCGGGAGCAGGAGAUUCGCCACCCAAGCACAGGAAUCAGACCCAUUUCUGGACGGCAUAGACCAGAUCCUCGCCGUCGCCGACGUUCUUCUCGCUGCCGAGAAGCGGAUCAACAACCACCUUGAUUGGUACGCUAUCCUGCAACUCGAUGGUCAAUCUAACGAUCUAGAACUCAUUAAGAGAAAAUAUAGAAGGCUCGCCUUGCUCUUGCAUCCCGACAAGAACAAGUCCUUCUUCGCCGAUAAGGCGUUCAAGCUCAUAGCCGAUGCUUGGGCCGUGUUAUCUAAUCCUUCUAAGAAGUCUCUGUACGAUAAGGAACUCAAUCUGUUCUCAAUUGCUUCGAUGAAUGAGCUGCCUCGAGAGCGGCAAAUGCAAGAAAACCAACGAAAACAACGGGAACAUUGUUUCCAUCCGAAAAGACAACAUCCACCAGAAAAAGGGGAACACUCGGCAGGACGAUACCCUAGAAGUAAGAUGAAGCAGACACCGUCGCCAUUGUUGACGACUUUCUGGACUGCGUGUCCUUACUGUUAUAAUCUCUAUGAGUAUCCUAGGGUUUAUGAGGAAUGUUCUCUUAGGUGUCAGAAUUGUCAAAGGACGUUUCAUGCAGUCAUGGUUCUUUCGCCUCCUCCGGCAGUUCCCGGGAAGGAGGUCUAUUACUGUUGUUGGGGUUUCUUCCCUUUAGGAUACUCGUUGCCCAACGUGGACUCUAGCAAAAAUGCAUGCUUUCCUAAUUGGAUGCCCUUCUCUCCAAUGGUCGCAUCCCCCACUAAACCACCAGAGGGGAAACGGAACACGACAACAUCCAAGACUGGUUUAGGUGUGUCGGAUGAUUGUGAUUCGUCUGCAGACACAGACACCAGGAGUAAAAAGGAGAGAACCUUUGAUGUCAAGGAGAAAGUUUCGCCCAACAAGAAAUCUGAGAGAUUGCAGAAGGAGAAAGAGAAGGGAGAAAAUAUCUUAUUUGGGUCAGGGAGAAAGGAUCGUCAGGGCUCUGAAGAUGGAAACGUAACUAGAGGAAAUCAGCAGCAGGAGGUGCCCAAACCUCCCUCACCUCAGAAGAAGAGGAAGAAGAUAGUUGCGAAGAAAACCAAAAAACACAUGAGCAAAAGGACAGUAAGUAAGAAUGUAGAAACAACAGCUUCCCCCGAAACAAUGACACUGGAUUUGAAUACAGAGUUCAGGGAGGAGGUGGGGAAGUCUACACCUGCAACGGGUGUAAGCACAGAUACAGGAAGCAAAGAUGAUGAUGUAGGGAUUGGGUUUUUUGAGGGAUUAGAUGAUUUUCUCGGUACUCUGCCAAUAUUUUCUGUCGUAGAGGAUGACAAGGUUGACGGUACAGGAAAGUAGAAUAGAAUCCCUGUUGUUAUAGGUCUAUCAUUUUGGACAGAGAAAAACGAACAACCAGAAGAUGCAGCUGAGGGGAUUGGUUUUCUGGGGGAAACUUGUGAUGGGCUUCUUUUGUAGGGGAUGGACAAAUGAAGGUAGAACACUUGAUCAUUCUGCACAGUGUAAAAAUGAGCAACCAGAAUUUUACUUAAAUUGGUUGCCUUACAGGCUGCAAAAUGUAAGUUUUGAUUUGCAUCAGUGUGAUUCCUUCAGCUUCUGGCCCUCUUGAAUGACUUGUUUGCUUCUGUUUAAUUCUUCUUAUUUGAAUGCUUGAACCACUGAUUUUUAAGUUCAGAUCAGUUCAAAAUA